GCUGAGAAAGGAGCCAAUCAAGACGAGGCCGGAGCUGCUAACGACCACAAGUCAAAGGCCAAGAUGGACGUCGGUGACCUGCCCAAAGACCUGCAGCCUCAGGCGAGGGACAUGGGCGACCUGAUGAACCACAAGGAGCUCCGGAAAAGUUUUGGAAACAAAUUCUUCAAAGACGAGAACGCCGCGGCCAAGAAAGACGUGUUCCACCACGAUGGUGUGGACUGGGACCUGGAAGAGGAGAUGAAGAAAAGAAGAGCUUCCUUUCAGAAAACAGUGAUGAGCAUGGAAGAAAAGGAUGAUGGCGAGUUUAAGGACAUGGAAGAAGCAGACGAUGACUUCGCCUUUGUGACAGCAGGCUCGCACUCUACCUACCCGGCCACCAUAGAAUUCAUCUAUUCAGUGCAGUAUUUCUUCCCCAAGAGCAGAAUAGGCAUAUUCGACAUCGGCCUCACCUCAGACGAAAGGGAAUUUAUUUCCAGUCUGUGCAAAACAGAAGUAGACAGUCUGUGGCUGCAGUUCUGGCCGGAAGCGCUCUACAAGAUACGUCACAGGGUAUGGAGGCCGCUUGUUUUACAGUUGGCCUUGGCUAAGUACGGCCAUUACAUCUACCUUGAGCCCGGCCGGUUCGUCAACAGACAGAACUUACGUCAGUACCUGCAGCACAGCCGCAAGCACGGAGUCACUGUGGCGGGCAGACAACUCAAGUACAGCAGCUACGUGGUUACCUCCCCUCACAUGUACUCCUUUCUCAGGGUAAACGAGCGGAAACUCCAAAGAACGCCCCACUUCGACUUUACCCUUCUCAUCCUGCACGGCACUGCACCAGUCAGGAACCAUUUCAUGCGCUAUUUGAUUGCCUGCGCAAUGGAGGACUAUUGUAUCGCUCCUCCAGACUCCAAAGCGAGCUGUGAUGCCCAUUUGGCGAACAACAAACGGUACGCCAAUUGCCACCGAUAUGACGAAUCCGCCAUUAAUUUGAUUCUCAACCACUGGCACGGUUAUAAAGCGGAGGAAUUUCUGGUGAGAGACGGGAUUACGCGGUACUUUGACGGUCGGGACAUGAGCAAGAAGGUGAAGAUCUGUAACAAACCCAAGGAAGAAAUAUGAAAAUUUAUUGAUGUAAUAA